AUGUCUCUAUCAUUCCAAGGACAUACUGUAAUCAUCACUGGCGCUGGCGGUGGAUUGGGAAAGGCUUACUCCCUCUUUUUUGCCUCUCGAGGUGCCAACGUUGUCGUAAACGAUUUUAAUGCUGCAGCAGCACAGAAUGUCGUUGACGAGAUUGUCAAAGUCGGCGGGAAGGCUGUUGCAAACACAUCGUCCGUCACAGACGGCGCAGCCAUAAUCAAAACUGCUGUUGAUACCUUUGGAGGCGUGUCUAUUCUCAUCAACAAUGCAGGUAUUUUGAGGGACAAAUCUUUCAAGAAUAUGACGGACAAGGAGUGGGAUCAAAUCAUGGAAGUCCAUCUUAAGGGGGCCUUCGCCUGCACCAAGGCUGCUUGGCCUAUCUUCCGGAAACAGAAGUUCGGACGCGUCGUCAACACGGCGAGUGCUGCAGGAAUCUAUGGAAACUUUGGACAAGCUAACUAUAGUGCAGCUAAAAUGGGUCUCAUUGGAUUUACGAAGACCUUGGCUCGAGAAGGUGCUAAAUACGGAAUAAAGGCUAUUGCUAUCGCCCCCAUGGCUGCAUCCGCUAUGACGGAAACCAUCAUGUCGCCGGAGAUGCUAGCUAAGCUCGGGCCCGAAUUCGUUCCUCCCUUUGUCGCCGCUGUGUGCCAUCCUGAGGGACCAGAUGCGUCAGGCCGAGUGUUUGAGCUUGGUGCUGGUUUCAUUGCCGAGGUUCGGUGGGAAAGAAGUGAUGGCGCGGUGUUCAAGACGGAUGCAAGUUUCACACCCUCGGCUGUAUCAAAGCUUCCUCCGAACCCUCAAUCUAAGCCUGAAGUCCGCUUUGACGGACAAACAGUGAUCAUCACUGGUGCCGGUGCUGGUUUAGGACGCAUAUAUGCUCUAAUGUACGGAAAACUUGGUGCUAAUGUCGUAGUCAAUGAUGUCAGCGAAAAGGGGGCGAACUCUGUCGUUGAGGAGGUAAUCAAAGCUGGCGGUAAGGCCGUUGCAGCUGUAAAUUCAGCUGAAGAUGGCGAUGCAAUCGUAAAAGUCGCACUGGAGAAGUUCGGUGGCGUUCAUGUUUUGGUGGCUAACGCUGGUGUUCUUCGGGACAAGUCUUUCCAAGCAAUGACAGAACAAGAAUGGGAUCUUGUUCUUGCUUGCGCAAAAGCAGUCUGGCCAAUCUUCCAAAAGCAGACAUAUGGCCGCAUUGUAACGACCUGCUCACAGGUCGGUAUAUACGGUAACUUCGGGCAGGCCAACUACUCUACUGCAAAAGCCGGUAUCAUGUCUUUGACCAAGACGUUGGCCUUUGAAGGCCGCAAGUAUAAUAUCCUUGCCAACGUCAUAGCUCCAUCUGCUGGAACAGCCAUGACAGCGACGGUAUGGCCCCAAGAAAUGGUGGAUGCCUUCAAGCCAGAUUUCAUAGCACCUCUAGUGGGGUAUCUGACCAGUAAAGACAACGAAGAAACUAGUGGUUCGUUGUUUGAGGUGCUAGGUGGUUGGGCUGCUCAAACGCGGUGGCAACGUUCUGGCGGCUAUGGAUUCCCCUCCAACAAGCCAUAUACAUCUGAAGAUGUUGUCGCUAAGUGGAAACAUAUUACGACAUUUGGUAACGUAGUGGUCAUUUUUUCUGAUGCUGAUAUCGUCGUCGAGGCGAAGAAGAUGAUAGUUAAGCCAACAGAGUACUCAUAUACCGAGCGCGACGUUAUACUCUACAAUCUGGGCGUAGGUGCUACCGAAAAGGAGCUUAAAUGGACCUUUGAGGGAGACGAAGAGUUCAGCGCAAUCCCGAUAUUCGGUGUCAUCCCCCAAUUUCUUGCCAGCAGUGGCUUUCCCUCAGAUUGGCUUCCAGACUACAACCCUGCCAAGCUACUCCACGGUGAGCAGUUCCUCAGCAUCAAGGCACCGAUCCCAACCAGCGGCGAACUUGUCACUCGAGUCCGUUUACUCGAGGCCUUGGACAAGGGAAAAGCGGCGGCUGCCACUACUAUCAAUGAAACCCGAGACAAACAUACCGGCACGCUCAUAUUCGAGAAUCAAUGUACACUUUUUAUUCGUGGUUCCGGUGGCUUUGGUGGCAAGCGCAUAGGAAAAGACCGAGGAGCAGCUAGUGCGGCGAACGAGAUACCAAAGCGGGCUCCAGAUGCUGUCUUGGAAGAGAAAACGAUUCCGACGCAGGGCGUCUUGUACCGAUUGAGUGGCGACAUGAACCCAUUGCACAUUCUUCCCGAAUUUGCUGCGAUUGGUGGCUUCGACAGGCCGAUCCUGCAUGGGCUUUGCUCAAUGGGUAUCUCCGGCAAACAUGUAUUUAAGACGUUCGGUCCUUUCAAAGACAUCAAAGUUCGAUUUGCGGGAGUCGUUUAUCCAGGCGAAACACUAGUGACGUUGAUGUGGAAGGAGGGGCCCAAAGUUGUGUUCUUAACGAAGGUGAAAGAACGAGAUAGCGUCGUUCUUGCAUCUGCCGGUGUGACACUAGUCGAUAAUUCGGAAAAGGCGAAGCUAUAA